UAAUAUUAAUUAAUUGAAUUGUAAAUAUUAGCAGUCUGCCCUGAACGGCGCGUCCAGAAGUGCCAGCGGCGCAGCCAGGCCAGCAAACCAUGGAGCGGUCGGCGAUGGAGGGCAUCGCGGCGCGGCUGUCUGCCAUCCAGGGCCUCUACUUCCCAGGCGCCAUCCACCGCGGCGGCGCCCCCGACCCCUCCUCCCUCCGCCACUCCGCCCUCCUCCACCUCCUCUCCCGCGACCCCCCUCUCUUCCUCGAGCGCUACGGCUCCGAGCUCACGGCCGAGGAGCUCGACGCGUUCGACGCCCUCGGCAACGACUACGAGGUGGCGUGGCACCUCGCGCGGCUUCGGCGGGUGCGGGAGACGCCUACGGUCCAGGAGACGCGGGCGCGGCUGGCGACGGUGAAGAACCGGCGGAGGGCGUACAUGGAGCGGCUGGUGCGCGGUGGGGAGUACUUCUCCGAGGAGGCGAUGCGGGAGCGGGAGCCGUACCUCCACCAUGAGUAUCUGGGGCAGUUCCAGGACCCCGCGGGGCGGGCGAUGUCCCGGCCCGGUGAGCGGUGGUUGGAGACGCUGCUGCGGCGCUGCGAGGAGGCGGCGAUCGUCGAGAAGAUCAGAGGCGAGCAGCAGAGGCGAGGCGUCGAUAGGAGAGAGUGGGUCGGUGGGUGCGCAAGGGAAGAGGAGGAAGAAGAGGAGGAGGAGGAAGAAGAAGAGGAGGAGGAGGAAGAGGAAGAGGAAGAAGCAGCAAAGAUGCCUCUUGACGAGGGGCGGGAAUCAAACACCGGUGGCGCCGAGGGUGAGGCUACGGAGGACUUCCAGCAGACAUUAUCUGGAGAAGAGAUGCAGGAUCAGCUGGAGCAGUUCACGCUGAUAAUGCAGCAGAAGUUCCUGGCAGGAGAAGACACGGAGCAUUUCGACUAUUCCCAGAUCGACAACGAUGAACGACUGGACGAUCAUUGGGUCAGGGAAGCAAACUAUGACGCCGAGGAGAAAUACUUCGAGGAAGAUUAGCUUCAGCACUGUAACUCUGCCCUUCUCGAUCAUCGUCUUAUCUCUUCUCUCUUCUCUUUUCUGAAACUGCAUAAGAGUUGUAGAAAUUUCUGUUCCCUGUACAAAACGUUUCUUUCUAGCUUUUAAAUGUUAACAGCCGUUCAAAUGAUUUCUUGGGUU